AUGCCCCCCACAGAAACAUCUCCUUUGCUAGAGAAUGGCAACGGAAACGACGAGCUACCUCUAUCAUUUCUUCAGCGUGUCGUGAAGGUUUCAAAAGCAGAAGGAGAGCCUUCUUGGCUGGAUUCUUAUAAAUAUUUCUUCUUUGGAUCCUGGUUCAAUGUUCUGCUCGUAUUCGUACCCCUGAGCAUCAUCUCCCAUAAUCUGGAAUGGGAUGCCGUUCUCCGAUUCUCCUUCAGCUUUUUGGCUAUCGUACCUUUGGCAAAGCUGCUCGGUGAAGCGACUGACCAACUUUCAGUCAAACUCGGACAAACCUUGUCGGGUCUACUCAAUGCUUCAUUCGGAAAUGCCGUAGAAAUAAUUGUGGGCAUCGCCGCUCUUUUGCAAGAUCAACUCGUCAUUGUUCAGACGUCUAUGUUAGGCUCUAUUUUGUCAAACAUACUAUUAGUGUUGGGUUGUUCGUUCCUGGCAGGGGGCCUCAAGUUUCCUGAGGGAAAUUUCCAAGUACAAGGAGCCCAGGCGUCUGCUUCUUUGAUGACUUUAGCAUGCAUUACUCUGGUGAUCCCUGCAGCAUACGCAAGUACGACGGCCGCAGGCAUCAAGGAGCAGGCUGAAUGUCUCGUAGGAGAUGGAAGAUGUCCGACCACAGGUCUGCUCUUCAUAUCCAGGGGCACAGCAAUCCUGUUGUUCCUGACAUAUGUUGCAUAUCUUAUCUUCCAACUGAAAACUCACAAAGAGUACUUCAUAACCAUUGAAGACGGUGAUGAAGAGCCAGUGGCUGAAAUGAGUACCGUUGCUGCAGGAUCUUCACUUCUCCUGGUAACAGUCAUCACUUCAUUCUGUGCGGAUUACCUGGUUGCCUCCAUCGAAGAAACCGCCGAUCGCUAUAACAUCCCAAAGCCCUUCAUAGGUUUGAUUCUCCUCCCCAUUGUGGCGAACGCUGCAGAACAUGUUACAUCCGUCUGGAUGGCCAUGAAAGGCAAGAUGGAACUUACUAUUGGAAUUUGCGUGGGCAGCUCUAUCCAAAUCGCCACUUUUGUAAUCCCUUUGCUCGUCGUGAUUGGUUGGAUCACGGGGCAUCCCCUUACGCUACAGUUCGCAAAUUUCGAGACAAUCGUUCUCUCUGCGUCAGUUCUCUUAGUCACUUUGCUGAUCAUGGAUGGCAAGUCGAACUAUAUGGAAGGACUAAUGCUCAUUGUGUUGUAUCUUGUCAUCGCUAUCGCGUACAAACCUGCGAUCACCCCGAUUAAUGCCAGUGACAGGAUCCACUCAACUUCAAUAUACCGUAUUUAUCUAUUCAAAUUAUUGGUGACACGCAUUGCUCGAGGCAAGAAGGGACUAUUUUAA